UGACACACCUGGUUGAAAGCACAUGUUACAGUGUGCAAGGACAAGGGUUCAGCCCCUGGUCUCCACCUGCAGGGGGAAAAUUUUGCAAGUGGUGAAGCAGGGAUGCAGGUGACUCUCUCUUUCCCCCCUUUAUCUCCCUCUCUACCUCCCCCUAACCUCUCAAUUUCUGGUUGUCUCUAUGCAAUAAAUAUAUUUUUUAAAAAAGUGGACAUUAAUGGAAACUCAUUUGAAUAUUGUUUUGGACUGACUUCUUCUAGAAAACAAGUCAAAGGAUGUAGUGUCUACUCAGCACAUGGCUUUCUGUCAUCCAGGAUGUCUCCUUCAUCACUUGCUGACUCUCUAGGGAAACUUUACUAUGACUCAAAUUGCAAGUCAGGAAGAAAGAUGUCAAAAGAUGGCACAUUAAAUCAACCAUAAGACGUAGAAGCUAUAGGAACUUGGCGAACGUAUAACCCCGGGACUGAAAUAACAUUUUGACAAUAUUGUAUUUGCUUAUUAUUUUAGUGAAAUAGAGAUACAGAGAGAAAGAUACACAGAGAGACCACAGCACUGCUCAGCUCUGGUUUAUGGUGGUGCUGGGGACUGAACCCAGAGCUUCAGGCAUGGAAAUCAUUUAUAUAACUAUUAGGCUGUUUCCCCAGUCCUGAAAUGACAUUUUUAAAUGAGCAUGCUUUUUUUGCAGGUAUCCUUGGAGAAUGGUUCUAGAUCCUGGAAUGGGCUUUAUGUUGAUGUGGACCCUCUAUGAAGGUGAGAAACCCGGAAAUGAGCCAGAAGAAGUGAAGCUGCUGAAUGCCAGCAAGCAGAUUGUGCAGAAUGCCAUCCUACAAGCGGUACGGCAAGUCUCCCAGGAGAGUCGGCAGAGGAAGGAGAGAGCCAGUGACAGCAGGGGCACUAUCCAGCUCGGUGGAGGGGAAUUAACCAAGAGACACGAAAAGAAGUGACGUGGUGGAUCGGACGCCCGGCAAAUGCUUGGUUUCUGGCCUUUCUCUUAGAAUAGGUUGCAUUGCCACGAUGUUGCAGUACACAAGUCAGAGUGUCACUGGCACCUAGCAAUAGAAUGAAUUAGCCCCAGCCAGCGGCUGCAAAGCACUGUUUUGAAAAAGCACGCUAGGUGACCCUGCUUAUGUCAGUGCAGUGCCUCUGAAACCUAGUAGGGCCAAGUAAGAGGAGCUUUGCUGCACAGUUUAGUUUUAAGCUUCUUUUAAAAGAUGAUUCUGUCUUCUUUAUUUACUUUGGCCUUUCGAGUACUUUUUUUCCUGUGAGUUUAACCCCUAGCUCUUUUGCUGUUGUUGUUGUUGCUGCUGAAAUAGAGUGUCCUACUGCAUUUUUUUAUGAUGCAUUUAAUUUUUUUUUCAAGAUUGUAUUUAUUUAUUUUUGGAUAGAGACACAGAGAGAGAUUGAGAAGGAAGGGGAGGUAGAGAGGGUUGAGAGAGAGUCACCUACAGCCCUGCUUCACUGCUCAUGAAGCCUUCCCCUUGAAGGGGGGGCUGGGGCUUGAACCUGGACCCAUGUGCAUGGUAACGUGUGCUUAUCAAGUGUGCCACUGGCCAUCCCCUCUAUGAUAUUUUUAAAAGACUUAAUAGAAAGAUGAAGGAGUGGAGCUUCAGUUAUCUUUAGAUGCAAUCUGGGGCUUUUAUAAAGUACUUUAAUGUCUAAAGUAAAGGUAAGCAAAGGCAAGUGAUAUAUAUGGCUGUCCCGCAGAUCUUACUAAGACGUACUGCUUUUUUUUUUUUUUUUUAAAGAAGCUGCUUGACUUUUCAAGAACUCAACCUUUCGGUCUCAGUUCUUUUAAUUGUUUGAUAAUUGGUAUUUUCUCUCUGCAUAAAUUCUUUGGAAAUAAUGUCUAUUUCUUUUUCUAUGUCAAGAUUAAAAUAAUAUCAGCCCA